AUGCCGCGCAGGAGAGAUCCGUCGAAGCAGGUCGCCCGGCGGAGCCAUCGCGGCUGCCAACGCUGCCGCCUGCACAAGAUCCGCUGCGACGAGACCAAACCUCACUGUGGGCCGUGUACAUCCCGCGGCUAUGCCGACUGCGUCUACACGCAGAUCCUCAAGUGGGAGACGGACUACGUCGGCCGCGCCUUUGGGAGAGCCGGCGUGUGGUCCAAGUCUGGAGCCGGCGGCCCCAAGAAGAAAUCCGCAACGCCGCCGUCGGUGCCGGAUCCCUCCUACUGGAGCCUACCGACUCGGGUUUAUUCUUUCGGGUUUCUCAACACCUUCAUCACCGACUUUGACGGCGAAGAGUCUUCCUCGUCGUCUAGUGAGGACAGUUCUGCCGACGACCGAAAAACGACUGCGCUGACAUUGAGGCGGAACAUCAACAAUCUCACUCAGCCGGUGACUUACAUCAAACUCGACAACAGAGCUGAAUCGCAAUUACUGUCCUACUACUUGAAUCGAAUAUGUCCAAUGACGGUACCAUGCGCCGACGGAGAGUCCCCGUUUUCGGCACUGAUUUUCCCCUUUGCCGUCUCGUCCGCUUCCCCUUCUCUCAUGCACGCUUUGUUGGGUCUAGCAGCUUCACACAGAGCGAGGUCAGACAGCUCCUAUCAGCCAGUCGCUCUCAGCUACUCCGCCAAAGUCAUCCGAUCACUUCGCCUGACUCUAGAGAGCAAAUCCUCAAUUGACAUUGCUGCAAACUCGGAAAUCCUCGUUCUGAUGAUGUUGCUGUGUCAGUUGGAAAUCAUCGCCGAGUGCGACAAGCGCUGGGUCACGCAUCUGCGCGGUGCCCGCGAUCUCAUCCGGUUCAGACGCCAAGGCAUGUCGUCCGACGUCGGCAAGGUGGCAGCCCGGGAGCAGAGUCCGUGGGAGCAAAUCAUUAAGUUCACCGAACGCUAUUUCGCCUUUUACGACGUCAUGGGACGGACGGCCUGCGGCGAGGAGCCCAUCUUCGGCAACGACUUCUGGUCCGCGCAGGAAGACGAGCUCGACCUCUGGAUGGGCUGCUCGCCGUACCUCGUCAGCAUCAUCGGGCAGAUCACCGAGCUGAGCUUCAAAUAUCACCGGCUCUCGGCGUCCACGGCCGAGGACUGCUGGCAGGACCUGGAGAGGCAGCGGGUGAGGCUGAUCACGCUGCUUCAGCAGCCGAAGCUGAAAUCCGACGGCGAAGACGAAAUCAUCAGGACGUCCGUCGAGAUGAAGCGGUCGACGGUGGAGAUGUACCUUCAUUCGGCUCUCAACGACACGAACCCCGCCUCACCUGUCAUUCGGCAGAGCGUGAAGAAGAUCCUGCGCAUGGUUGCGACGCUUCUGAAGGCGGACGUGAAAGCCGGUCUUACCUGGCCGCUCUUCAUGGCCGCAUGCCAGCUCGAUCCCACAGAAGAGCUUGAGUGGAUGACCGAGGAUCCGGGCGAGGUGGACAUGCCUCAUCACGCGCGGCCUUUCGUUUUGUAUGCGCUGGACAGGCUUUCUGAUAGUUUGUCAAACGUGACCAGAACGCGGUCAGUGAUUGAAAAAGUCUGGAAACAGCGAGAGGCCGCUUCGUUUCUGUCCUUGGAUCGACAGCUCUCGCCGAGUCCAAAGGCAUUCAACGACUGGGCCCGGUUCGUGGCGCCUCACUGCCAUAACAUCAGUCUCGCUUAG